AUGAUGGCCUGCCAGGGGCUGCAGAGCGGAGAGAGUGUGGCGUCCCUGAAGAGAGAGUGCGACAAUCUCAAGAAGAAACUGGAGCAGGAGCGCGGGAAACUCAACGACGUAGAGCUCCAUCAGUUGGCUGAGAAGAUCGAGGUGCUGGGCAGUCUCUCCAUCAAGACCCGGCGCGUGCUCAAAGGCCACGUGAACAAGGUGCUCUGCAUGGACUGGUGCAAAGACAAACGGCGUCUUGUCAGCUCCUCACAGGAUGGAAAAGUGAUCAUCUGGGAUGGAUUCACCCUCAACAAGGAGAAUGCCAUCAGUGUUCCCUGCACAUGGGUGAUGGCCUGUGCUUAUGCCCCCUCAGGCUGUGCAGUGGCGUGUGGCGGCCUGGAUAAUAAGUGCUGUGUUUACCCUCUGUCUAUGGAUAAGAAUGAGAAUCUGUCUGCGAAGAAGAAGGCCGUCGCCUUGCACACCAACUAUGUCUCAGCAUGCGCCUUCACCAACUCUGACAAUCAGCUGUUGACCAGCAGUGGUGAUGGCUCAUGUGCAUUAUGGGAUGUGGAGAGUGGGCAGCUGCUGCAGAGUUUCCAUGGUCAUUCUGGUGAUGUCCUCUCCCUGGAUCUGGCGCCCUCUGAGACUGGAAAUACUUUUGUGUCUGGGGGCUGUGAUAAGAAGGCAAAUGUGUGGGACAUGCGUUCAGGGCAGAACAUUCAGUCUUUUGAGAAUCACGAGUCUGACAUCAAUUGCGUGAAGUACUAUCCCAGUGGAGAUGCAUUUGCUUCUGCUUCAGACGAUGCUACAAUCCGUUUCUAUGAUUUACGUGCCGACCGUGAAGUGGCUGUCUAUCAAAAAGACAACAUCAUAUUUGGGGCUUCCACUGUGGACUUUUCUCUGAGUGGUCGCCUGCUCUUUGGCGGCUACAAUGACUACACCAUAAAUGUUUGGGACGUGUUGAAAGGGACCCGCACCUCUGUUCUGUUCGGACAUGAGAACCGCGUGAGCAGAGUGAGAGUCUCCCCUGACGGCACAGCCCUCUGCUCUGCCUCCUGGGACCACACCUUACGGAUUUGGGCAUGA